AACUCUUAAACAUAAUAUAAAAAAAAAAUAAAAAGAUUCUUAUCACCAAUUUAUCCAAAAAAACACACACAAAAAUUAACUAAACUUAACUUUCUAUAUAUGUACACACAUACAACAAGAACAUAUCCUUCAUCUUUUCAUUCAUCCCUUGCCAUAUCUCAAAGCGAUUGAGCUCAAUUCCAGCCAGUGAUUCUCAACACGCAAUCCCUCGUUCCUCGGAAAAGCCCUAUAACUUAUUAAUUCAUAUAUUUUUGCCAAGCGCUCUUAUCCAAAUGCAACGAAUCGACCUUCAUUUGGCGCUCCCAUUGAUCCGCCCACUCAUCAACAUCAACAUCAAAAACAUCCCACGCGCCUCCCGUUUAUCAACAUUCUGCUCCUCUGCACAACCAAUCAAGAACAAGGACAAGGUAAUUGUAAUCUCAGGCCCAACCGGCGCCGGAAAGAGCAGGCUCGCAUUGGAGCUCGCCAAGAUUCUCAAUGGAGAAAUCAUCAGCGCAGACUCUGUGCAAGUGUAUCGUGGGCUUGACAUCGGCUCGGCAAAGCCUUCGGCUGCUGACCGUAAUGAAGUUGCGCAUCAUCUGCUUGACAUACUGCACCCAUCACAAGAAUAUUCUGCCGGACAAUUCUAUGAGGAUGCCCGGAAGGCAACAUGUGAAAUUCUUGCAAACCAGAGAGUGCCGAUUGUUGCCGGUGGCACAGGGUUGUAUCUAAGAUGGUAUAUGUAUGGAAAACCCGAUGUACCAAAAUCGUCGAUGGGGAUUAGCUCUCAAGUGUUCUCUGAGCUGAUGCAGUUGCAGGACAGGGGGAAGUGGGAUGAAGCUGUGGAGUUGGUAGUUAAUGCUGGUGACUUGAGAGCUCGGUCUGUGCCGUAUAAUAAUUGGUAUCGGCUUCGACGGAGCCUAGAGAUAAUCCGGGCUAGUGGCUCGCCACCAUCUGCAUUUGCAGUUCCUUAUGAUGAGUUUCAAGGUGGAGAUGUUGCAAAGAAUUUGGACUAUGACUUCAUUUGCCUGUUCUUAUCGGGGCCGCGUGUUGAUCUUUACAGGGCUAUAGACUUGAGAUGUGAAGAGAUGCUCAUGGAGACCGAAGGACUGCUCUCAGAGGCAUCAUGGCUUCUUGAUAUCGGACUCCAUCCGAGCACUAACUCAGCCACUCGAGCUAUUGGCUAUAGACAAGCAAUGGAGUACUUACUGAGUUGUAGAGAAGCUAAAAGUUGCAGUGCUGAAGGGUUCAUUGACUUCCUCUCUGAGUUCCAGAAAGCAUCAAGGAAUUUCGCAAAGCGACAAAUGACAUGGUUUAGAAAUGAAAAGAUCUAUCACUGGCUGGACGCUUCCCGACCAAUGAGAGAAGUGAUUGAUUUUGUCUGCAGUGUUUAUCAGGAGGCUGGAACCGGGAAGGUCAUUGUACCUCAGAAACUGAAGAUGAAGAAGGAUGUCAAUAACCAGCGGGAAACUUAUGAGCUAAAAUCUUACCGACCAAGGAAUAAGCUGUUCAUCGAGGAUGAAGAUUGCCAUCGUGUUUUGGAUUGGGUCCGGAGAACACAGUGUCAAACUGUUGAAGUUAGUAGGAAUCCAGCUUUGUAAGGAUUUCUUCUGAUGUUUCAAAACUGGGGCACAUCUUGUUUUUUUUUCCUGCAAAACUGAAAUCAUGAUAAAGCCUCAUGUAGAACUAUAUGCAUGACAUUCAAUAAUCAAACCUCUGAUUUUCUGAAUUAUCUUGACCAGUGCAAACAGCAGGAGAUUCCAACUACUGGAUGUAACAUGAUUAAUGACAAAAUAAGGACAUUGAAAUAUAAGAGUAGCCAAAAUUACAUGCAGUGGAAGACCAACUUCUGAAAAGCUUCAUCUCUGAGAAAACAAUUCAGACAGUGAACAUCAGCAAUAUGUCAGAAUUUAUAUGGAUAAUAACCUUAUAAAUAUUAUUGGCAACCUUAAGUAACCCAAACCUUCAAGGUUAGUGCAAGAAUAAAAGCAAAUAAGUUCAGAAUCUUGGUAUGCAGGACCAUUAGAGCUUGGUUUAUAACAAACAGACCGCAUUGAUAGAAGGAACGCCAUGUUGAUCAGUGGCAAUAUAAGAACAUUAGAAUAUGAAAGCUUCAUCUCCGGGACAUCAAAUUGCAUGAUCUUACAAAUAUUUUUGCCACACUUCUGUGACCUAAACCUGCAAGAAUAAUACAAGAAUAUGAACAAAACAAGUUCAGAGAGUUGUGUUGAGGUCUAAGGUUUGAUCAGAGGGUUCUGGAGAUACUAGGCGACUGUGGACAACCUGGAGAACCUCGAAUGCAAGACCUAGUGGACAGAUGUGAAGCUGGAGUAAUAUGCAGUAACAAGCUCAGUUUUUGCUGCAUAUGUCUUAUAUGAAUGUUUGUAUUACUUUUAUUAUGCUUUUACUGGUAAUUUGAUGUAUGUCUGUACUAAGUGUAUGGAUGUUCUGGUUGUGCUAAUUGUGAUGCUUUACUGGCAUGCACUUUAGAUGUUUGUAUAAA